CACAGGAUUUUUUGUUGCAGCAGACAAUGUUAAGAGUAAAGGAUCCUAAGAAGUCACUGGAUUUUUAUACAAGAGUGCUUGGAAUGACACUGCUUCAAAAAUUUGACUUUCCUACCAUGAAGUUCUCACUCUAUUUCCUGGCGUAUGAAGAUAAAAAUGAUAUCCCGAAAGAUAAAACUGAGAGAACAGCCUGGACCUUCUCUAGGAAAGCUACACUUGAACUGACACACAACUGGGGCACUGAAAAUGAUGAAAAUCAGUCUUACCACAAUGGCAAUUCAGAUCCCCGAGGAUUUGGACACAUUGGAAUUGCUGUUCCUGAUGUCCAUAAAGCUUGUAAGAGGUUUGAAGAACUAGGAGUGAAAUUUGUGAAGAAACCAGAUGAUGGUAAAAUGAAAGGACUUGCAUUUGUUCAGGAUCCUGAUGGCUACUGGAUUGAAAUUUUGAAUCCUAACCACAUGGUGACUCUUACUUAGUUCUUAGAUAGGAGAUGCACACUUUCAGUCCCCUGGAGAAAAUCUGUAACAGUGUUUGUGAAAUUCUCGCUUAAUGGAGUUGUUUUCAGAGUCUCCUCUAAAACUAUCCCCUGGGACCUCAAUGUCCUUGAACUCCUUCUUGUCCUGUGAUGCCACUGCAAUUUGCUUCCAAUUAGGAAUACUCAACCAUCUCUUGGAAGAGUGCUUACACAGAUUCUCCUAUUGAGCACUGAUUAUGUUAAUAUUUCCUCAAACACUCUCAAAAGAUA